UAUUAAUAUAGGUACGUUAUCAGUGAACGGACAUAUUUAUAGUGAUAUCUCUUUAAUCCAGGUGGACAUGGGGCUGAUGAAGUUUUGUGCUGUUUUAGUGCUUGCAUAUCUAAGCCAAGCAGUGGAAGGUGCAUCGAUACUUGCUCUUUUCUCUUCAUUGUCUUACACCGACCACUUAGUUUUCAGAGGAUAUGUAUCGUUACUCGCUCAGAAAGGACAUUCAGUUGUUGUUAUGACAGCAUAUCCAGGACAUUUCCGUUAUCCAGAAGCCGAAAAUAUAAUUGAAAUUGAUGUCGGUGAAGAUUCGUCGCUGUAUUGGGAGGAAUAUAGAAAAUUAAUGACGAAUACCGAUGACUUAUAUCAGCGUUUGAAAGCUAUUAACGAAUUCUCGGUUAAACUGGCGAUAGUGCAAUUAAAGUCGAAACAAAUGACGGCGCUAUUCAUUAACCCGAACGUCAUCUUUGAUCUGGUCAUCACGGAAGCUGAUGUGCCGUUACUUUAUGCGGUAGCUGAAAAAUAUAAGGCUCCUCACAUCGCUAUUACUACAUCCAGUGGCAAGAUCCAUCAGCAUGAAUCUAAGGGCAAUCCCAUCCAUCCUCUUUUGUAUCCGGAUGUAAAUUCUCUUAGCUACAGGAACUCGAGUAUUUGGGACAAAGUUGUCGAGUUCUAUCGCAAUAUUCAGACUAGAGCUGAGUACUACAACAACUAUCUUCCACUUUGUGAACUGGCUGCUAACAAGAUACUGGGUUUGAAGCGCAGUCUUCAACAAGUAGAGAAUGAUAUUGACUUACUGUUUAUUGCUAGCAAUCCUGUAUUGAGUGGGAGUAGACCAAGUGUGCCAGCUGUUAUUUAUGUCGACCGCAUGCAUAUAAAGCCAGGCUUAGGUAUGCCGCAGGAUUUGAGGAAUCUGCUGGAUUCAUCUACUAAAGGCGUUGUGUACUUCAGUUUGGGAGCGAUGCAGGAGGCUGAACAGCUCUCGCCAGCAAUACUGCAAACUUUGGCAGAAUGUUUCCGAGAACUACCGUUUACAGUGCUCUGGAAGAUCGGUAAUACGACUAUGUUUGACAAGCCCGAAAAUGUCAUUGCUCGGUCCUGGUUCCCUCAGCAACAAGUUUUGGCUCAUCCUAACGUGAAAGCCUUUAUAACGCAUGGUGGAUCUCGCUCCUUAGAAGAGGCUGUGUUCUAUGGAGUGCCAAUUAUUGGGUUCCCGACAGUCAAGUCAAGGAAAGUGUUCAUACAAGAAAUUACGAUGCAUGGUGCUGGAGAAAUUAUAGACCCGUAUAAGUUGGAUAAGGACACUUUAAAAGCAACUAUCACUGCAGUUUCGACCAACGAAAAUUACGAAAAGGCCAUGGCAAUUCUGAGGACCACGGUAGUUGACCCUAUUAUUUCGGGCCCAGAAAACGCAGUGUGGUGGACCGAGUAUGUUUUGCGUCACGGUGAAGCCCGCCACCUUCAUUCUCCUGCAGUUGGUUUAAGUUUCUUCAAAUACUACAUGCUUGAUACUUUGACUUAUUUCAUACUUAUGAUACUGAUUGUCUUAAUUCUCACUUAUUUAGCAAUACGUACCAUAGUGCGACGUUUACGCCAGAGGUUUUCGGGUAAUCGUACUGUUGAUGAGGCGGGCAAGUUUAAGGCAUUGUAAUUCAAGUCUUUUUUUAGUAGUUAAGAACAUGAAAUGAAUGAAUCUUCUUUUUUUAAGAUAAGCCUGUACUAUAUUAAACAUUCAAACAGUUUUAUUCACACGACAUUAUCGCGUUUAUGAAAUAUAAUAUAAUUAUUUUCGCAACGGUGAGGUUUAAAAAUAAUCCUGUGUCUUCGGUAUUACUUAAUAAAUAAUAUUGUGCAUUGAGCUGCUUUAAUGUUCUAGUAUAUUUUGUGUAAAUUCUUAUAAAAAAUAUUAUUAAGAUAUGA